GCAAACCCCAUUUAUCUGAACGCUCUAAUGGUCCAAGAGACAUUUUAGCCCCGACGAUAAUAAACUUUGUCCCAUAACAGCAUCAGGACGCCUCUCCGUCUCCGGAGUUGCGCCAAUAUUGAAGUUUAUGACCAUGUCUCGGACUCGCCAAAUACCGUCUGAGCCAGCAAGUAGUUCUCAACUGGAAUUGACAGAGGAGCAUACCAACACUUCGUCAGCUAUUCCAGGUCCAGCAACACUGAGGUUAAGAGCAGCAGAUGAGCCUGCUGCUAACCGGCCCGAAAUGAAUGAGGGCACCUCCCGACGUAUACGCUGGAGUGAAGAUGUCAUAGAUAACGAAGGAAUGGGAAAAAAGAGUUCCAAAGUGUGCUGCAUCUAUCACAAAAGCCGACCUAUUGGCGAUAGUAGCUCCGAGUCCGAAUCCUCGGACUCCAGUACUUCUAAUUCGGACACAGAUAGCGACGGCGAAGCGGCCUGCCAUAGAAGGACGGGACACCGCCCGCCUACAGGGCAGGGAGAAGACUAUGCUUCUUCUGGUCAGAGGCCUCCAUCGAACAGAGAAGGAAGAACCUGCCGAUCAAGUCACCGAACGAGGAAAACGAAACGAAAACCAAGCCCAAAUGCCUAUGAGAAAAUGCCAAAGACUACAAAGGGCCGUUAAAAUAUUCGAGAUCUUUCGCAGACCAAUGCUGUGAUUCAUCCUCAGUAUCCAGCAGUUAAGGUCUCCCACAAUAGUGUUUGUUAUAUGCCAUAAGAGGAUUUAUCUUAAUCACAUGCAAUGCGAUAACGACAUCAAUUGAUACGCCCCAUCAAAUCUGCAUUCUCAGUAUCGUACAAAUGGAAACCCACACUGACUAUCAAGGUUAGCCUUUUCUUACCUGUCCCCUGAGCGUCCUUGGAUAGCACGGAUGUCUCAUAGUACUUCUUCUAGCAUGAUUUUUCAAGAGGUUAUCUAUACAAUAAACGUAAAUAUUACUGGGUGGUUGAAGAUGGUGCAGGACAUCAGACUUAGUUCAGAAGGCUUGCUGGAAUCUGUACAGUACUAGAAAGCGAAUAAAGGGAAUGAAUG